AUGCACUCCAGCGCUAUCAUCCUCGGCCUCAUUGGCCUUGCCAGUGCCCAGACUCUCAACAUCCCCUCUCGCGUGGGUAACAUUGUCUCUUUGCCCUCUCCCAGUGUGAUCACUGGCAGCGUCGAUCUGGGAAACCGGGAGUUCGAUCGUGGCCGUGCCUGCGACAAUGAUGAUGAUACUGGCGAUGACAACGCCGUGUUCAUCUUGCAGGAUGGAGCAUCCCUGAGCAACGUGAUCAUCGGAAAGAACCAGCUUGAAGGUAUCCACUGCAAGGGAUCCUGCACCCUGACCAACGUCUGGUUCCGCGAUGUCUGCGAGGACGCUAUCUCCAUCCUUGGAACCGGAGAUGCACUCAUCAAGGGUGGUGGUGCUCAAGAGGCCAAGGACAAGGUCGUGCAGCACAACGGCCGCGGAACCGUCACCAUUGAUGGAUUCACCGUUGUCAACGCAGGCAAGCUCUACCGCUCAUGCGGCAACUGCAGCAAGAACGAGAGCAAGAGCCCACGUAAGGUUGUUGUCAAGAACGUCAAGGCCAAGAACGUGUCUACCUUGGUUGGAAUCAACUCCAACUACGGCGAUACUUCAAGCGUGACCAGCAGCUGUGGAUCCGUCAAGCACGUGUGCCAGGAGUUUGAGGGAGUGGACAAGUCCGAGGGAAGAGAGAGCCCCAAGCUGGACUCCACCGCUUCUUGCAAGGGACAGUCUUCUCUUUCUUCUUGCUAA